AUGGCGGUGACCGCGCGGCUCGGCGCCGUCGUGGCGUGCGUCGUCUUGGCGGCCGUGGCGGUGGCGCCGCGGCGGGCGGCGGGGAUCCUUGACCCGGUCGACUUCCUGGCGCUGCAGGCCGUGUGGCGGUCGCUGGACGACAUGCCCGGCUCCGAGUUCUUCGACGGCUGGGACUUCACCGCCGAUCCAUGCGGGUUUCCCGGCGUGUUCUGCGACGGGGACCGGGUGGCGGCACUCGCGCUCGGCGACCCCGGGCGGGGUCUCCGGGGCUGA